UUAACCCUUGUGUUUCCGCAGGGCAAAUCUUCAUUUGUCCAAAUAAAGCGCGAUACGAAACUACAACUAAUUAUUACGGAAUUAUUUCGCUUAAGAUAAAACAUCAACUCUGAACUGCUAGUAAAGAUGAUUCGUUCAUACUUAUGGAUAUCUUUAUUUACUGUGUGUUCUUUUAAUAUUUAUACAUCCAAAUCAUGGUCAUUAAAUGAGAUUCUAAUAACAGGUCCAAAGGUCGGACUAGCGGCAACCAACUAUACCAGGAAUCCUGAUUUGUUCACCCGUCACCCGGUAGAGGCAAAAAUUUUGGAAAGUGUCAGAAAGGGAACAUUAAAAGCUCAAGAAGAAUGUCAACAUCAGUUUAAAUGGGAAAGAUGGAAUUGUCCUGCAGAUACGGCACCCUUUGAUCAAGAUUUUGCUACCAGAGAAGCUGCUUUUGUUCAAUCUAUCAACGCUGCUGGAAUAAUGCACGUGGUCACACAACAGUGUAGCUCUGGACAGGAAACAUUUUGCACGUGUGAUAAUUCCAGAAAUGGACAACCUGGUGGCUAUAAUUGGAAGUGGGGAGGAUGUAGUGAUAACAUCAAGUUUGGAGACGAAUUAACAUACAAGUUUCUAAAAGGGUUGACAUCUGGAAAGAAUGAAAAUGCUGCAAUGCAGCUACAAAACUAUGGUGCAGGACGCCAGGCUGUUGCAAGGAAUACUAAAAUGGUGUGUAAGUGUCAUGGUUUAUCUGGAGAUUGUUCUAUCAGAACAUGCUGGCAACAAGUCGCCACCUUCCGUGAAAUUGGACAGUUUUUAAAACAACGUUACAAGAAGGCAAAAUUUGUCAAUUAUUUUGACGGCCAACUCCGACAAGGGAAUGAUGCAAGAACUCGCGAAUUAGCCAUAUUUUCCAAAAAACAAUUAGCAUUUUUACAGAAAUCUCCAAACUACUGCAGAGAAGACCAUGUGUUGAACAUAAAAGGAACAAAAGGUAGACAAUGUAUUCGAAGUAAAAAUAAAAAUGCUAUGACAACUUCAGAACGAAAGAGUUGUCGAACUUUAUGCAAAUCUUGCGGAUAUAAAGUAAAGAAAGUGACAGUGGACGUAAGCAACACAUGCAACUGUAAAUUUCGAUGGUGUUGUAAGGUGAAAUGUGACAAAUGUGUGUCAAGGGAAAAUAAUUAUUACUGUGUAAGAUAGGACAAUUUCUUUACGAUUUAUUAUCUGAUCUCAUAUUCGUUAACUGAGAAAUGCUACUCCAGCCAAAACGAAGACAUUUUCGUGGUUUAUUGUUUUAUGACUAAUGCCACCUCAACCAAUGAGGUAUAAUGUAUAAUUUAAAGAACAGGCAAACAUGACAAUGCCAUUUUGUUGUUAAUCAUAUUUUUUGUUGUUGUUUAUAUUUAUAUAUUUUAUUAUUUCUAUAAAUAGACAUAAAUCAC